AGGGGUAGUUUGUAAACACCGCUGAGCUCGGGCCUCGGUGGCGACCGAAGGAAGCAUGAACUAGUGACCUGGAAAGGGAUACAUAGAUGGAAACUUGAGAAGUACUGCUUACUUAAUUAGAGCUGAAGGAUUCCUGGCAGCAGAGCAAAUAAAGCUCAUGGCCCACCAGCUAGAAAGUAUCCUUGCCAUGAAAAAGAGGACGUGAUAAGUUGUUCAACUUAUGAAAUUCAAGUUACAUGUGAAUUCUGCCAGGCAAUACAAGGACCUGUGGAAUAUGAGUGAUGACAAACCCUUUCUAUGCACUGCCCCUGGAUGUGGCCAGCGUUUUACCAACGAGGAUCAUUUGGCUGUCCAUAAACAUAAACAUGAGAUGACACUGAAAUUUGGUCCAGCACGUAAUGACAGUGUCAUUGUGGCUGAUCAGACCCCAACACCAACAAGAUUCUUGAAAAACUGUGAAGAAGUGGGUUUGUUUAAUGAAUUGGCAAGUCCAUUUGAGAAUGAAUUCAAGAAAGCCUCAGAAGACGACAUUAAAAAAAUGCCUCUAGAUUUAUCCCCUCUUGCAACACCCAUUAUAAGAAGCAAAAUUGAGGAGCCCUCUGUUGUAGAAACAACUCACCAAGAUAGUCCUUUACCUCACCCAGAAUCUACUACCAGUGAUGAAAAGGAGGUACCAUUGGCACAAACUGCACAGCCCACAUCAGCUAUCGUUCGUCCAGCAUCAUUACAGGUUCCCAACGUGCUGCUUACAAGUUCUGACUCCAGUGUAAUUAUUCAGCAAGCAGUACCUUCACCAACCUCAAGUACUGUGAUCACCCAGGCACCAUCCUCCAACAGGCCAAUCGUUCCUGUACCGGGCCCAUUUCCUCUUCUGUUGCAUCUUCCUAAUGGACAGACCAUGCCUGUUGCUAUUCCCGCAUCAAUUACAAGUUCUAAUGUGCAUGUUCCAGCUGCAGUCCCGCUUGUUCGGCCAGUCACCAUGGUGCCUAGUGUUCCAGGAAUUCCAGGUCCUUCCUCCCCUCAACCAGUACAGUCAGAAGCAAAAAUGAGAUUAAAAGCUGCUUUGACCCAGCAACAUCCUCCAGUUACCAAUGGUGAUACUGUCAAAGGUCAUGGUAGUGGAUUGGUUAGAACUCAGUCAGAGGAAUCUCGACCACAGUCCCUACAACAGCCAGCCACAUCCACUACAGAAACUCCGGCUUCUCCAGCUCACACAACUCCACAGACCCAAAAUACAAGCGGUCGUCGAAGAAGAGCAGCUAAUGAAGAUCCUGAUGAAAAAAGGAGGAAAUUUCUAGAGCGAAAUAGAGCAGCAGCAUCAAGAUGCCGACAAAAAAGGAAAGUCUGGGUUCAGUCUUUAGAGAAGAAAGCAGAAGACUUGAGUUCAUUAAAUGGUCAACUGCAGAGUGAAGUCACCCUGCUGAGAAAUGAAGUGGCACAGCUGAAACAGCUUCUUCUGGCUCAUAAAGAUUGCCCUGUAACCGCCAUGCAGAAGAAAUCUGGCUAUCAUACUGCUGAUAAAGACGAUAGUUCAGAAGACCUGUCAGUGCCAAGCAGCCCGCACCCUGAAGCUAUACAGCAUAGUUCUGUCAGCACAUCCAAUGGAGUCAGUUCAACCUCCAAGGCCGAAGCUGUGGCCACCUCAGUCCUCACACAGAUGGCAGACCAGAGUACAGAGCCCGCGCUGUCGCAGAUUGUUAUGGCUCCUGCCUCCCAGUCACAGCCCUCAGGAAGUUGAUUAAAAACCUGCGGUGCGGCAGUUUUAGAUACUCAUUAGUGACUUCAAAGGGAAAUCAAGGAAAGACCGGUUUCCGUUGAUGCGAAAUCUGUGGUUGUAAAUUUUUCUUUUUACUUGAAAUUAAAUUUGGCUCUAAAGUUGGUGUAGCGGCAGUUGAUGAUCAGCCUGAACAACAGUUUUUAGUCUCUGGAAAAAGACUGAUUUUGCUUUUUUUAUAAAUAUUGUUAGAUUUAUUAAUUUUCUGUGCUCAAUGUGUAAAUUGUAUUAUAAUUCAUUGUGGUUUAUUUCACUUUUAAUUUGGUGGUGUUUUAAUAAAUG